GGAAUCCAGUAAUUCCUGUUAUCUGCAGGCUUUAUAAGUCAGCUGAGCCUCAAGAGGUGGCCUAGUGCCUGCACGCCAGACACCGCUGUCCUCUCGCUGCGGCCAGAAGAGCACCAGGAUGCCUCAGCCACGGACCUUCCUCCUGCUUCUCCUCCUUUCCAUCAGCAGUGCCCUGGCCCUGAAGAUCUGCUCCUUUAACGUGAGGUCCUUCGGGGAGGCCAAGAAGGCAAACAAGAAUGCCAUGGAUGUCAUCGUGAAGGUCAUCAAACGCUGUGAUAUCAUACUCCUGAUGGAGAUCAAGGACAGCAACAACAUUAUCUGUCCCAUGCUGAUGGAGAAACUAAAUGGAAAUUUAAGAAGAGGCAUAAUGUACAACUAUGUGAUUAGCUCUCGCCUUGGAAGAAACACGUAUAAAGAGCAGUAUGCCUUUCUGUACAGGGAAAAGCUAGUGUCUGUGAAGAAACGCUACCUCUACCAUGACUAUCAGGCUGGAGACACAGAUGUAUUUUCCAGGGAACCUUUCGUGGUCUGGUUCCAGUCACCCCACACCGCUGUCAAGGACUUCGUGAUUGUCCCCCUGCACACCACCCCUGAGACAUCCGUUAAAGAAAUUGAUGAGCUGGCUGAUGUCUAUGUGGAUGUGAAACGCCGUUGGAAGGCGGAGAAUUUCAUUUUCAUGGGUGACUUCAACGCUGGCUGUAGCUAUGUCCCCAAGAAGGCCUGGAAGAACAUCCGCUUGAGGACGGACCUCGGGUUUGUUUGGCUAAUAGGGGACCAAGAGGACACCACAGUCAAGAAGAGCACCAGCUGUGCAUAUGACAGGAUCGUGCUUCGAGGACAAGACAUUGUCAACUCUGUUGUUCGCAAAUCAAACAGCACCUUUGACUUCCAGAAAGCUUAUGGGUUGACGGAAGAGGAGGCCUUGGAUGUCAGCGACCACUUUCCAGUUGAAUUUAAACUACAGUUUUCAAGGGCCUUCACCAACAGCAAAAAAUCUCUCUCUCCAAGGAAGAAAAAGACCCGUCCCUCCUAGAUACAGCAGUGCCACUAUAUUAACCAUUUCUUGCCUCUAAAGAAAACAGCUCUAAUGGGUAUGAACUGCUGCUUGCACUCAGGAAACAAGACUGGUCCAACUGCUUUCAUUUUUCAACUUGAAUUUAAUCUGACUUGAGUCAAAUUGGGAGGGCAGUCUUCUCUUACCUUCUUGUGCUCAUCCCUCCCCGACUUCCCUAAAAGGAAACUGGGGGCCUUUGUAGUUCAAAAGGAUAGGCUUCACAUCCCGAGCCAGGACCCCAAUCAGCGUCAGUGCCUCUGCUCAGCCCUGUCCUGAAAGAGGCUGCAGGGGGAGGAGCAUGUCAGUUUUCAGUCUUCACAAAGGGACCCUACGCCACGGGAAAUGACCAGAGAGGCCACGGCCCCAACCACACCCUAUGAUUUGGGCAAUUAUCUGUUUGAGGAACCUGUCCCCUCCUGUCCAAGGUCAGGAUGGUGAUCACAUCUCACAGGGAUGAAGAAUGAAGGCCAUCCCACCUGGCCUCCCUGCCUCCAAAUUAUCCUCCGACUGAGCCAGCCCAGUAACUGCCAGUGCCAUCCUUUGAAAUUCGAUUCUGACCACAGCCCACUAGCAUGUCCCACUCCCGCUUCCAUAUCCUGGGGGGGCUCAACCCACCAUCUGGAGAGAGCUCCAGAGUUUUCGGAUGCCCACGAGGGUCUGUAUUUUCUGGCGUAACAUGUCAGCCUCACCUCCAUCCCACCUUGCUCUGUGUGCGCAGCAUGACCGCCCCUCCGCUGCGCGGCCCCAAGCCUCCCUCCUCCUGGGCUUCCAGAAGGCCAGCUGGCUGGCAGAGGCUCAGGAUUUUGUUAUCAUCCUGCAACCGAAGAGUUACGGAGGACUCCUGCCCGCACCAUGUUACCUGUAUCCAUGGCGACCAUUGUUGCUUGUUUUACUUUGCUUUCCUGUGCAUUGCUUUUGUUCAAGUGGUACCUGAACGUGGCUAAAUAUGCCAGCAGUACUGAAGAAUAAGUGGAGGCAAGAAAUGCUGCCCUGCCCACCCACUCUUUUCCUGCCUCAGAAGCAACCCCCUCUUACCAGUUUAUGCUCCCUCCCAAGAGAAUCUGUGCAUAAAUAAGCACCACAUGUAACCUGGAAAUAUAGAGUGUAUUGUGCAUG